CAGCCAGGGCCAGUGAGCCUCACUCUCUCAGUGCGGCUGGUGAUACAGCCCAGCUUAGACGUGUACCGUGUUAGACUCUUUAGGCCGCCCGAACCUUCACGUGGACAAGAACAGGGGCGCAUGGCCUAAAAAAACUUUUUUCCUGUGUAGUUUCUUUUCGCGGGCGGCGAAAACCUUCGCUGUUACGAAAUUGCAAAAAUUGCAGAAUUACAGAAAUUCUAACGUCCGGUUGACGCCGAUCAGAUUUGCGAGGCAGGACGAUAGAGAAUGAUAUCUGACGAAUCCAUUCAUUUCUGAAAAAUAUAAAGAAAAACUGCCGUGAUGGUCGGAAAUCCUAUUCAUAAGUGAAGUGGGAACGCAGGUCUUGAAGGCGUCUGGAGUGGUUGUGUAAUGGUGUGGGCCGCCUCCUUGCCCCGUGGAAGGCGGGCAGGGGCACAUAGCCCCCUGUGCCGCUCCCCGCCGCAGGCGAGCCCUUCUCCUGCCAAGUGAUGAACCGCUGGUCUGAGGGGCUCUGUGAGAGCGCCCUUGACUCCGAAGGACUCCCUCCAGCCUCUCCCUCCUCCUCCUCCCCCCCAUCCUCCACCAAGAGUCCGUGUCUGCAGCCGCCGCAGGGGUGCGAGGAUAAUGGGGCGAUGUCCGGAGACGUGCCCGGAGUGCCCUUCCCCAUCUACAGUAGCAGCUUACCCGCCCCACCCGACCCCGACAGAGAAAACACCGACGAUUCCGGAAUGGGCGCCGACCUGGAGGGUGACGAUCGACCCGAGGGAGGCAAAGAGGACGUCGAUGAAGAGGACGACGAUGACGACGAGGAUGAGGAUGAGGAGGAGGAAGAGGAAGAAGAGGAGGAGGAAGAGGAGCCGGAGCGACCCCGGCAGCCGGAGGGGGAAGCCAAGAUGCGACGGACGAGUUCUGCCGGUAACGAGAGGCAGAGGCGACCAUCCUACACCUGCUACCAUGGACCUAUCCUGUCAAGAAACACUGCCCGCAUGGGGCGCCGCGCCCGUCCUCGACCCCCAAGGGAUCUUGAUGUCUUACAGCUCGCAGCCGGGGCUGCGUGCAUGCUGGCACCUGUCACCCCCGAAUUACUCAGGUAA